AUGAAACUACAGCACACAUUGACACUUGCCUCGCUCAUUGGCCCCGCAACAGCGGGCGUGAUCAGCCCAUGUUCAGAUUGUAUCUUGACCGGCAACUCGUUGGACAACCUGGCAGAUGUCAAGAAAUGUACCAACAUCAUCAUCAAGGACUUCACCGUCCCAGCUGGCCAGAAACUGGAUCUCACUGGUUUGCAUGACGGCACCACUGUCACCUUCGAUGGUCGCAUCACCAUGGGCUACGCCAAGUGGGAAGGCCCUGUUAUCCAGAUCAAAGGCAAAAACAUCCACGUCACAGGUACUCCCAACCACGUUAUCGACGGUGAGGGCCAACGCUGGUGGAAUUGCAAGGGCGAUCCCAACAACGAAAAGCCCAAGAUGAUCCGCCUGUCGCUCUCCAACAAUUCCGUUGCCGAAAACCUGAAAGUCAAAAACACCCCCAAGAGCGCCUUCAGCUUGAACAAUUCCCACGGCCUGGUGGUCAGAAACGUGCUCAUCGACAACCGUGACGGUAAGGACACCGCCAAGAACACCGACGGCUUCGACGUCAGCAGCUCCACCAACAUCACCAUCAAGGGAUGCACCGUAUACAACCAGGACGACUGCCUGGCCAUCAACAAGGGCUCCGGCAUCACCUUCACAGAGAACAACUGCUACGACGGCCAUGGAAUCUCCAUCGGAUCUGUAGGCCACACCAGGGGCGACCAAGUCACCGACGUCCACAUCACCGACAACAAGGUUUUCACCUCCACUAAUGGUCUCAGAAUCAAGACCAUCGUCGACGCUGAAGGCGACGUCUCCGGCAUCUACUUUUUAAACAACCGACUCACCGACGUGAAGAAGUACGGCAUUGUCAUCGAAGGUGACUACAAAGACGGCACCACCACGGGCAACCCCACCGGCGGCGUCCCAAUCACCAACCUACACGUGAUCGGCAAUCACGGUAAUGUCGUAAACAGCAAGAGCUCCCCCGUCAAGAUCCUGGUCAAGAACGCCUCCAAAUGGGAGUGGGCUAGAAACAACAUCAUCGGCGGACGCAAGUUCGCGUGCAGCGGUGCUCCAGAUCGCUUUGGCGAAUGCCUCUGA